AUGACGAGACCAUUCGGUAAUAGUGAAAAGAGAUUCUCAAUCGACGACGCUUUCGAGGAAGAAACUGACGAAGCCAUCAAAGUGUACGGUGCAACUAUUGAAAGAUCGCCUCAUCAAAAUAAAUUUAAGAAUGGUGGCGAUUAUAUAUCCAGUAGAACCUACAAGUGCACCGAGGAUACGACGUCCCAUGAUUCUGAUUCUCUUAUUCAUGAAUAUGUCGUAGCAUCCCAAUCACAGUACUGUUGGAAUCACCCAAAAGUGAGAGAAAAUUGGAAGACAGUGUUCGCUGCAGUCAUUUUACUCCUAGUGGGAAUAGGUCUCCUGGGUAUGUGUGCCUUUGCUAUUACUGACCCGCAAAAUGGUCUCCAGGGAGCAGUUUUCUUUGUCGCUGGUAUGAUUUGCUUUGUGCCCGGAGCCUACCAUGUCAUUUAUAUAUGGCUAGCUGCCCGCGGACAACGAGGUUAUGAUUUUUACCACUUACCCUUAUUUACAUAA